CAGAGACCGCCCAGCUCAUGGCACGGGUGAGCGGCGGCUCCGCCCCGGGCUGGGCUGGGCGAGGGAGCGGAGCCGCUCCCGGUCCCGCACCGCCGGGGAGCAUCCCGCCUGCGGGGGGCAUCGGGAUCCAUCCCGGAUCCAUCCCGGGGCUAGCCUCCGGAGCCGCAGGGACCCCCGGGGAGCGUCCCGGGCUUGGGGACACCCGUGGAUCCCGGGGCUGAGCUGGGGACCCCCGGGCGGCGCGGGGGGCUCUGCCCGGUCCCCACCGCCGGGCGGGCGGGCCCCGGGGGUCGCAGGGUCCCCUCUGCCCCGCGGGAGCGGACACAGCUCGGCGGAUGCCGGGGCCGCCCGGGGGUCCCCGCAGAUCCCUGAGGAUUUGUAGCUGUCCAGCUCCUGCCCGUGGCUGAGAGGCUUCGGCGCGUUUGCUCAGCGAGAGGAGCCAAGGCCGGGAGCGAUGGAGGGGGAGAAGUGACGGAGCGUCCCUGCUGGAAAAUCACGAAGCAUUCGGGUUUUGAGUUCUCCCCCUUCAUCCUAACGCCGUGUCUCGCGCAUUCCAGGCUGUCCCCUCGCAGGGAGCGUUUGCCAUGGACACUGGGCACGUCAGCAGGUCCCGCUUCAGUGUGGCCUCCAGCCCGCCGCGGUGGGAGAUCGGGCUGUACGCCGCCGGCGCCUUGGCGCUGCUGGGAAUCGCAGCCAUCAACCUGUGGAAGCUGUGGCGCUCCGGGAGCUACCCGGCCCCUUCCCCCUUCCCCAACUAUGACUACCGCUACCUGGAGCAGAAGUACGGAGCGGCGUGCCCGGACAUCAGGAACAAGCGAGGGAUGACCCCGGGCUCGCAGCGGGCGCCAGGCAGGAGCUCCUCGUCCCGCAAGAGCAGCCUGAGGGCAGAGGACACCUUGGAGAGCAUCCAGGAGCUGGGCAGCCUGGAGCUGAUGGGCAGAGACCUGGGCCUGGCCCACUGCGGCCCCCUGCGGAAAUCCAUCUCGGCCGACUCGCUCAACUCCAUCUCGUCCAUCGGGAACAACUUCGGGCAGGAUUUCACGGUGGGGCAGGUGGAGGUGUCCAUGGAGUACGACGGGAGGGCGGCCGCCCUGCACGUCACGCUGCUGCAGGGCAAGGACCUGCUGGAGAAGGAGGACGCGCGCUUCGAGUCCUGCUUCAUGCGGAUCAGCCUCCUCCCGGCCGAGCAGAUCGUCGGCAUCUCCCGGAUCCAGAGGAGCUCCUACUCCGUGGCCUUCGACGAGCGCUUCUCGGUGCCGCUGGACCCGGCGGCGCUGGAGGAGAACAGCCUGCGCUUCUCCGUCUUCGGCGUGGACGAGGACGAGCGCAGCGUCAGCACCGGCGUGGCCGAGCUCAAGCUCUCCGACCUGGACCUGGCCUCGCGCCCCUUCAACGCCUGGCUCUACCUGCAGGACACCAACAAGGCGGUGGACACGGUGGGGGAGAUCCUGCUCUCCCUGAGUUACCUGCCCACGGCCGAGCGGCUCACGGUGGUGGUGGUCAAAGCCAAGAACCUGGUGUGGAGCAAUGGGAAGGCGACCGCAGAUCCCUUCGUCAAGGUGUACUUGCUGCAGGACGGGAGGAAGAUCAGCAAGAAGAAGACAGCGGUGAAGAGGGGAGACACCAACCCCGUGUUCAACGAGGCCAUGAUCUUCUCCGUGCCCGCCAUCGUGCUCCAGGAGCUGUCCCUGCGCGUGACGGUGGCCGAGAGCGGCGAGGACGGGCGCGGUGACAACACGGGCCACGUGCUGAUCGGGCCGGCGGCCAGCGGCAUGGGCACCACGCACUGGAACCAGAUGCUGGCCACGCUCCGCAAGCCCGUCUCCAUGUGGCACCCGCUGCGCAGGAAUUAGGAUCCCCGGAUGCUGGGGACAGCGGGCCCGGAGAAGGGACUUGGUGGCACCCACAAGGCCGAGCUGCUGAGGGGCCCAAAACACCCGGAGCACGGAGAGAGCGGCUCCGUGGGCACAUUCCGGGUCACCCCCGCAUGCGCCGGGCCAGAGCUGCCAGCAAGGAGCCAAAUGGACCAAAACCAGCAGGAACCUCCCCGAAGCGCGGCUCCCGAGCGUUCCGCGUGCUCCCACCGGCCUCGAAAUCCGCGGAAUCCUCAAACGGGGACUGGGAGAGGGGGGGAUUCCUUUGGAAAGUGGUUUUCGGGUGGGAAUCGUGAGGGGGGGUGACAAAAGCCAGCCUGGUGUGGGUGGUGAUCCUGAGGGGAUUUUUUGUAGUGACUUUGGUGCGUUGUGCCAGGGUUGGAAUGUUUCCAGUGAGAAUGGAAAAAGGGAGCAAUAACAGCAGAAAAUCAAUUGUUACAUGCGGCUCCUCCUCCCAUCUGUUCCCCCACACAGUGAAUCCCUGCCUGUCUCCACUGGCUGCAGAGGCAGGGAUUGGUUUCCAACCACCUGGUUUCCAACCUCUUGGGUUUGAGGUCAGAUCCACACUGGGAAUCAUCCCCUAAAGGUCCAGUAGGAUCAGGGGCUGCUUUUCCCACCCCAGCCACUUUUCCAAGCCAAACUCACCCUCAGAGUGCUCAGGACAGCACUCCAAAUUCCUGCUCCUGAACGCAACUCUCACAACUGGGGAUUGUUUUUUCCAGCCCCUCAUCCUGGACUUGGGCUGUGACUUAGCCUAUAACUUGUUUUAUCCAAGAUUUGGGCAGAGAGAGGAACAUCUUGGCCUUGUGACCCAAGGCAGGUGGGAAAGGUCCCUAAUUUUAAGAUUUUUAAGUCCAACUCCUGUUUCAGAAGGAAGGCAGAGGAAAAUCCUGUGUGGAUCCUGUCUGCUGGUGGGCUCUGGCCCAAGCCAGUUUUGGGAUUUUUGGGGAGCCAAUUCCCACUCUGGUUUGUGGAGGGUGGUGGAGCCCCUCAUGGCACAAGCUGGAGAGCAGAGGAUGCACUGGGGCCACAUCCCUCCUUGCCUGGAGCCUUGGCUGUUCCCUGCCUGCAGGAUGCUGGUGGGAAGCCAGGCUGGGAAAUCUGGGGGUGUCUGGGACCCCGUGCCAUGGAAUUGGCACCACAGGAUAAGCAUGGGCUGGGAUGUGGCUGCUCGGAUGAUUUCAGCAGGGAAAAAGCUGUGAAGGAGCCAUUUAUCUGUUUCUCCCUGAUUAAAAAGUAACUCC